UACAUAUUUAACAGGAAGAAGUUUUUCAUUAAUCAGCAGCAGCGUCAGUCACACUCCCUGUCGCAGCGUUUUCUCAUUCUUUUAGGCCCAAGCAGUUUGAAAUGUUUUCUAAAGGCAGAAUAGUGUGACGGCAGCUACAGGCAACGUCUUUAAAAAUGAUUCUCUAUCGUUCAUUGUUGGUGUUAAUGUGCGUGUCGCUAUCGUCAGCCGUGAGGAUCUUGUCAUGGCCUCUCAACUGCUCCCGACAGGAUCUGCAGUGUACAGCAAAAACAAGUAAUUGUAUGGACCCAGCAUGGCGAAAUGUAAAUGAGUACACUCCGAGCGGUCCAGAGGACCUGCAGGUGUCUGUGGACACCAGACAGGAUGAGAUGGGACACCUGCAACCUGUGCUGCUCGCUAACUGGAAGAUAAAGGAUGAUGACCUCUGCUGUGUUUCGUCCUCAGGCAGUAUUCGUUACCUGAAAGCCACUGAGCUUCAUGUUCUGGUAACGACCACCAACCAGAACUUGUGUGUUCGAUAUUCUUUCAAAGAUAAACUACCAAUGAGAACUCCAUCAAAUGAGAAGUGGUCUUUCUCAGCCAACAUGCUAGUGUUGGAUCCCGGUAAGAGAUACCGUGUCUCUGUCUUCAACAUCCCCAAACCAGAGCUGGACCACAGCAGCUACGACGUCAGCACUGAUGUCUUUGUUCCUGAUUGUCAAGAUCCCACAAUGCGAGGGACCCAGUUUUGCAUAGAGAGAGGAAGUCUGUGGCAGCCCAGCAUCACUCUGGCUCAGACUGAAGUCAGUGGAAAAUCUGCGCUGGCUGUCAGCUUCAGUCCUGACAGACUCUGUGAGGAGUACAUAGUUAUUGUCCGCUGCUCCCCUACCCAGAAGGUACAGCGUACGUACAAGGCCAAUCAGAAGACCCUAAAUGUAACAUUCAGCCUUGAUAAUUGGCCGAGAUACUGCUGCCAGUUUGAAGCUGAGAUCAAUCCUCUUUUCCCACAAUGUGGCCAGGACUGUGUCCGUCGAAAAACAACUAAGGAUUUUUGUCGUGUAAUGCCAACAGAUGCCCCCACAGUCCCUCUGUACACAUUUGUCGCCCCAGGAGUAGUGUUUAUGUGUGUAGUGAUGGCAAUUAUUAUGUACGUCCUCUGCAGGAAGCCAGGCAAACGUGGUGUUGCUCCAGAACCUAUGAGAAUUGAGAAACCACUGACACAUAUACAACCCCCCAAAGUGCUGGUCAUUUACUCCCAGGACCACAACCUCUACAAGGACAUCGUGCUAAAGCUCUGCGCCUUCCUCCAAGCAAAGUGUGGCACCAAGGUGCUGGUGGACUUGCUAGACUCCACCUCAGUUGGCAUGGUGGGUCGCCUUCGCUGGCUUGAGUGGCAACGGCAGCAGCUUAAAAACCCCUCUGACAAAAUACUGGUCCUGUGCUCACGAGGUGUCCAGGCGAAGUGGAGGGCCAUGUGCGGUCAAGGUCGGGUGACACUGAGGGAAGAUGUCCUCUCCCCUACAGACGACAUGCUCACUCCCUUUCUCAACCUCUUCCUACCAGAUAUGUACCAGGCAGGCAAGCUGGGAAAGUACAUGGUGGCUUACUUUGAUGAAAUCAGCAGCGAUCAAGACGUGCCAUCUGUUUUUGACAUUGCAGUCAAAUACAAGUUGAUGAAGCAUUUUGAAGAACUGUACUUUCGCAUCCUAGACAUUGAGAAGUAUCAGCCAGGGCAGGUCAACCGCAUCGAGGGCAUUGGAGGGGAUGAAUAUUUCAACUGUACCCCAGGUAGAGAUUUGAAAAAUGCCAUCGAAACCUUCCAGGCCUACCAGUUGGACAAUCCUGAUUGGUUUGAGAAGGAGUGUGUGCACAGUGAGGAGGAGGUCAUGACUGAGGCUAAUGUCCUCAUUAAGCAGCUGCAGAUUCCUCCAGUCCUUGAGUGCGUUCCUCUAAUCAGAGAUGGACUUCCUGUUUGCAUGCAUGAGGUAGAAAUCAACGAAAAUUGCAACAGUGUUCACGUCCUGUCACCUGAGCUGAACACUGAGCGCGAGCUGUCGUCAGUGGUAGAACUUACUCCAGUUGUGAACCUUGAGGGCAAACAUCUGUAUCCGUCAAACCUGGAUGAGGUGUUCACAUUACAUCACCUGUAUCUUCAAAGCGCCAGUCCAGAAUCUGUCUACGUAGUUGAGCCUGUUCAGAACAAGCCACCACAACCAAGACAGAGCUGGCUCUACCUCAAGGAAGAACCAUUGGGUCAAAUUCCCACUGAGGAUGAUGAAGAGGAUUCCCUACUGCCUAUGAGCCAAUGCUCCACUCAUUCAGACCACAGAAUUUGGGCCCCACAGAACUCCCUGGAUUCAUACUCUCCAGAAUCCCUGUGUGCCACCAUGCAGAGCGAAUGUUUCCCUCCAUCUGAAAUCAGCCAUUCUCCGCCUGUGGAGAUGGAGGACUAUGAGGUUCUGCAGCCCAGUGGGAAGGGUCAGAGCAGUGGAUCUGAUCAAGGCUACAUCUCCAAAAUGUCCUCCCAGCAUGAACCCCCUUUCAAAGAGGAUCCACUGGCAGCUCUUAGAAGGCUGCAGGAGGAGCUGUUUCAGAAGUAUCUUAGAUACUCUGAUAUAGAUACUGAAGGAAACUAAUGCUCACAUAGUCCACCCCCGGCAAUAAGUUCUAAACCUUCACUGACUUACAUCACCUCUUUGACAUCCUUUCAGUGUAGGAGGAUGUAAAAAGAGUAUCAAACGAGUUAAAUGUAUCAAUUUCCAUACUCGUAAAUAUGGUAACUUUUAUUAAAGAAAUUAUAUAAAUAGUUCUCUUGCUCUUGUGAUCAAAAACUUUGCUCUGAAAAUAAUUUCUGAGGCUGUUCUGUAAAUUGUUUGCUUAUAGCGACUUUUGAUCUUUUUCAUCAUUAAAAUCAACGUGAUUAUACCUUUAAAGAACAAAGAAGAAGAAGUUUUUUCCAACCCAUUUUCCUAGAUCACCAAAUACAGACAUGUCUGUAUGAGAUGCACCAGGUUGCCACAAAGCCCUUUUAACAUGUGGUUAACACAGUGAAACAGUGGGGGCGGCUGUGGCUCAGAGGCAGAGCGGGUCGUGAACUUUAUUGUGGCAACCAAGUGGUGGUGUAUUCAAUGAAAAUACAUCCUGUUUGAAUGCAUGACACUCUUGGAAAUUUGUGACGUAUUUCAAGAGAGAUGUCGAUCUUCUUGGAUGGAAGAAUGAAGAAUGAUGGACUCAUUUGCACUAAUAUGAACUGCAGCUGUAUAAACAUUUGCUUCUGGUUCAUCAUUCAGGAAGGUUGUCUGGGUCCAGACCUUCAAAUAUGCCCACUCCACUGAGUUGAAUCUGGGUGGAAACGGAGUGUAACAAGUUGACAGUUCUGUUUGCUAUCAUGCAAACAGGUCGGUUUACUAAACAGGCACAGUCAGGCUCGCAAUUUGGAAAAAAUUAAAACACAUUGAAAUGAUACACUGUAAUACGGUAAAAUAUUUCAACUUGAAAGAAAUUGUCUUAACAGAUUAUAUUUUAAGUAAAAUUUACUCAAUUUAGUAAAUAAAAACAUUUUUGAUUAAGCAGCUUUUACUAGACAUUUUAAGUGACACUGACUUUACUAAUUACUAGAUUUUCACUAGUUUUGUAAGGAACAGAAACAUUCCUGAUUAAGUACUUUUUUACGUUUUUUGUUUUCACAGUACAAAUAGUUGUCUGUCACUUAAAAUUACUAGUAAAAGCUGUUUAAUCAAUAAUGUUUUUAACUCACAAAAUUGAUUUAGUGUUACUUAAAUUUCAAUUUCGAUUUUUAAAUUAACUAAGCAACUCCUGCAUUCUUACACAAUGUUGAAAAUCUUUUAAAGUUUUAAGGCUUUUAUUGUUUCACUUAAUAUUGUGUUAACAUGGUACAUUUUACUAAAUACCUUUUUUCUUAUUAGGUUUCCACUAAUUAAUACAUACACAAUAGAUGGAUUCUUGCAAAUACCAUUAGGAGCACUAGGAGGAGCCAGAGGAACCUGAUUGUUUCACAGAUUAUCUGUCUCGUGUUCUACUGUCAGGAUAUAGAGAAAGUUUCAGGAAAUAUGAGCAUGGCAGGCAGAGUGAUACUUUUUCUAUCCUUGUACUAUCAUGUCUUAACAACACAGGCAGACUAUUUGGUGCGGAGGGACUGACAAAAAAAGUGAAAUUUGUGAAGAAUUUGAAGUUUUUUCUGCUGUUAAAGUGCACUAAGGGGAAUAUUUUGAGAUCAUGUGUUUUCUUUUUCAUGUGGGAAAAAGGCAAAAGCUCCACCAAACAGUAAAAGUAUUCUGGGAAUGAGGGUAACCCAUUUAUCAGUGUGUUUGUGUAAUGAUUAAAUUUUCUUUGACAAUGAAGGUCUUUGUUAAAUCAUCGACCUCAUCUUUCUUUCAGGGUCAAUCAUUUUCCUGUUGUAACAGAAUAAUCCAUAAUAAAUCACAACUUUGUACAGUA